AUGGCCGACGGCGAUCGAGCCGUUGAGGCGGCAACUAAAGGCGGCGAUCUAGGCGUUGAGGUGGCGAUGGCCGGGGGCGAUCGAGGCGUUGAGGCGGCAAUGUCUGGCAGCGAUCGAGGAAAAGCUCCGAUUCCACUAGAGUGGCAAAAUGAUGAUUGGAUCGAUGAGAUGCUCAGUUGCAAUGGAUCGAUGAGUUAUCUCGUCGGGGAUUCCGACUAG